AUGGCAAAAGCUCCAGCAGUUGGUAUUGAUUUGGGUACCACGUACUCCUGCGUUGGUGUCUGGCAGCACGGCAAAGUUGAGAUCAUCGCCAAUGAUCAAGGUAACAGAACAACACCAAGUUAUGUUGCCUUCACCGAUACAGAACGUCUCAUUGGCGAUGCCGCCAAGAACCAGGUAGCUAUGAACCCCAGCAACACAGUCUUCGACGCGAAACGACUUAUUGGCCGCAAAUUUGACGAUCCCAAGAUUCAGCAAGACAUAAAACACUGGCCAUUCAAAGUUGUCAACGAUGGCGGCAAACCCAAGAUCCAAGUUGAGUUCAAAGGAGAAACCAAGACCUUCGCUCCAGAAGAAGUCAGUUCAAUGGUGCUAACAAAAAUGAAAGAAAUUGCAGAAGCCUAUCUGGGCGGCACAGUGAAGGAUGCGGUUAUCACAGUCCCAGCAUACUUCAACGAUUCACAAAGACAAGCAACCAAAGAUGCCGGUGCCAUUGCAGGAUUGAAUGUGCUCAGGAUCAUCAAUGAACCCACAGCAGCUGCGCUUGCUUAUGGUCUCGACAAGAACCUGAAAGGUGAGAAGAAUGUGCUCAUCUUCGACUUGGGUGGCGGUACCUUUGACGUAUCCAUCCUGACCAUCGAUGAAGGCUCCUUAUUUGAAGUAAAGUCCACUGCAGGUGACACUCAUCUGGGUGGUGAAGACUUUGACAACAGGCUAGUCAACCACUUUGCAGACGAAUUCAAGAGGAAAUUCAAGAAAGAUCUCAGAUCAAACCCAAGGGCAAUCCGAAGAUUGAGGACGGCAGCUGAAAGAGCCAAACGCACAUUGUCGUCUAGCACAGAAGCUACAUUAGAAAUCGAUGCCCUCUUCGAUGGCAUUGAUUUCUACACAAAAAUCAGCAGGGCUCGAUUUGAAGAAAUGUGCUCAGAUUUGUUCCGUUCGACACUGCAACCUGUUGAGAAAGCCUUAAACGAUGCCAAACUGGAUAAGGGACAGAUCCAUGACGUCGUGCUGGUAGGAGGCUCUACUCGUAUCCCGAAGAUCCAGCAACUUCUCCAGAACUUCUUCAACGGCAAACAGCUCAAUCUGUCCAUCAACCCAGAUGAAGCCGUUGCCUAUGGUGCUGCUGUACAAGCAGCUGUCCUCACUGGCUCUACAGACUCCAAGAUUCAAGAUGUUCUACUGGUGGACGUCGCUCCUCUAUCCUUGGGUAUCGAAACCGCUGGUGGUGUCAUGACCAAGAUCAUCGAACGCAACUCGAGGAUUCCUUGCAAGCAGACGCAAACCUUUACCACCUAUUCCGACAACCAGCCUGCCGUUACCAUCCAAGUCUACGAAGGUGAAAGAGCCAUGACCAAAGACAACAACCUUCUGGGCACUUUUGAUCUCACGGGUAUACCUCCAGCACCUCGUGGAGUACCAAAGAUUGAAGUUACCUUCGACAUGGACGCUAAUGGUAUUCUGAACGUCUCGGCCAAAGACAACAGCUCAGGAAAUGUCCGCAACAUCACUAUCAAGAACGACAAAGGAAGGUUGUCCCAGAAAGACAUCGACAGAAUGUUGGCCGAAGCUGAAAGAUAUAAAGAAGAUGAUGAAAAACAGCGACAGAGGGUUGCCGCCAAGAACAAACUCGAAGCGUACAUCUUCCAACUCAAACAAGCAGUACAGGACUGUGGAGACAAACUGCCUUCAGAGGAUAAAGAAACAGUUGAGAGAGAGUGUGAAUCUAGUCUGAAAUGGUUGGACAGCAACAGCUUAGCAGAAAAGGAAGAGUUCGAAGACAAAGAGAAAGAACUGACCAGGAUAUGCAGUCCGAUCAUGUCCAAACUAUACGGCGGAGGAGCAGCUGGUGGCAUGCCGGGUGGCUGCGGACAACAAGCAGGAGGAUUUCCAGGACAACAGAGCCAAGGACCAACAGUUGAUGAAGUUGAUUAA